AGGCUGCUCAACAACGAGGGCUCCCUGCUGGCCUACUCCGGCUACGGGGACACCGACGCCAGAGUCACGGCCGCCAUAGCCAGCAACAUCUGGGUGGCCUACGACAAGAACGGGCACCAGGCGUUCAACGAGGACAACCUGAAGUUCAUCCUGAUGGACUGCAUGGAGGGCCGCGUGGCAAUCACCAGAGUUGCUAACCUGCUGCUGUGCAUGUAUGCGAAGGAGACGGUGGGCUUUGGCAUGUUGAAAGCGAAGGCUGAAGCGUUGGUCCAGUACCUUGAAGACCCCCUCACCCAGGUGGCUGCUUCCUGAAGAGGUGGAGCCCAGGGGCGAGGACAGAACGUGAUGCCCUGCAGGUCCUGCCUCCCAGCAGACUGUGAGGGGCGCUCAGCGCCUUGUGCUUCUUUCAGAUGUGAGAAUAAUGGUGGGAAGAGAAUAAAGGAUGUUUUGAGCAGCUUG